AUGUGGAAAGCAACACUCUUGACCUUGAGUUUGUUGGUGGCACUGGUACACAAGACGCAGUGCAAUGACGGUCAUUCCUCUUUCUAUGGGGUGAAACUGUGCGGAAGAGAGUUCAUACGGGCUGUAAUCUUUACAUGUGGUGGAUCUCGCUGGAGGAGAAGCGGAGACUCAGCUCUCAUCAAAGAGGAGACCCUUGAUUCAUGGAACAAUCCAAUUUCUCAACUUUCUGGCGAGCUGGAUCCAGAUAAAUCCCAAUCAUGGAAAAAUAAAAUGUUGGAAAUGGCUGCUGGGUUCACCCGUCCAGUCUCAGAGGAGGUGAUGGAGGCUCUUCAGAGCGUAGAUAGGAAAGGACGGGACGUUGUGGUCGGACUGUCCAGUGCUUGCUGCAAGUGGGGCUGCAGCAAGAGUGAAAUCAGCUCUCUGUGCUGA